CAUUCUUUUAUUUACAAGAUGGCCUCGAGAGGGCUUGCAUUAAUGCGCAAAGUUGGCGGUGCGCUCGCUCUUGGACUGUUAUUCUACUCGGUAUUUGCAGUAGCUAAUACCGUCAACGCCGAGGCUCAUGCCGACACCCCUGUUAGUGAACUGUCCGUAGGACAGAUUGAGCAGGAAUUGCAGCACUGUCCCCUGGUGGAAUCUCUCAAUGAGCAUAAACAGGCCUUCUCCUCGGAGACGGCCAGCUUAACAUCCAGGAUCUUCUCGGUCUUGUUUCCGGGAAGCCCAGCAGUCAAUGCGAUUUUGGCGACCUUGUAUAUAUCCGGACCGCCCAACUUUCUUCUUGCGCUAUGUCCGCCUAAUAUUGACCCAUCUUCUCUGUCUGUCAUGGUGGCAUUUGCCGUUGGCGGCCUUCUGGGCGAUACCCUGUUCCAUCUUUUACCCGAAAUCUUCCUGGGAGAAGAUUCCCCGGUGCAUGUGCGAUUUGUGAUGGUUGAACCCAACAAGAACCUGCUCCUGGGCUUGGGUAUCAUGGUUGGAUUUUUCACAUUUGUUGCAAUGGAUAAGACCUUGCGUAUCGUUACGGGAGGCGACGGAGGACAUGAUCAUUCACAUGGCCACGCACAUGAAAACAGUCAAGCAGAUAAUGCAGUAGCAUCUGUGACAACGGGGUCUAAGCUAAAGGAGGGCUCUGGUUUUGAUGGCGAAUUGAAGCAGCGUAAAGUCUCCGCUGAGUCACCUUCUUCGCGCACUGAGCCGGGGAAGGACGUGAACCCCAGUGUGAAACUGGGGGGUUACCUCAACUUGAUCGCCGACUUCACCCAUAACAUCACUGACGGCCUUGCCCUAUCAUCGUCCUUUUAUGCCUCCCCUACCAUUGGCGCGACAACCACUGUUGCUGUGUUCUUCCACGAAAUCCCACAUGAAGUCGGCGACUUUGCCCUUCUCAUCCAGUCCGGCUUCUCCAAACGCAAAGCCAUGGGUGCACAAUUUGUGACAGCCCUCGGAGCUUUUCUCGGAACCUUCAUAGGCAUAGCUGUCCAGGAGCUUGGCGGUAAUAGCGAGACAGACGCAGCCGCUGGUACUGCUGGGGGUCUGUUAGGAACGAGCUUGACGUGGGGAGAUAUGCUCCUCCCUUUUACCGCGGGAACAUUUCUGUAUGUUGGUACCGUUUCUGUUAUCCCGGAACUCUUGGAGACGGGGAAAAAUAAGGGCGAAGAGAUUAGGAAGACAAUUACUCAGUUUUUGGCCGUUGCCGUUGGAGCAGGGAUUAUGCUUGGAAUUUCAUGGUCAUGAUCCUGAAAAGUGUUCGAGCGUCUGGAUAUCUCUCUCAUCGGGAUGAUUUGUCUUUCUAUGGAAAGACUUCAUAUUUACCAUUGAUUUCAACUGGGAAAUGAAAGGCCACACUGUACGGUCGAUAGAAUAUAUAGCAACUGGCUAACUGCCACA